GCAGGAAAGUGAGAAUCCCGUACUGGUGCGCGAGUCAAUCGUUACGGGAUGUCGGCCCAACGUGGCUCUUGAGUGGAACGAUAAAUCGAGGUGAGGUGUUCGAGACGGCCGGAACACUGGAUUAUGGCCAGUGGAAUGUUCGGAACCAGACCGAAAGAGCAUACGAAUGCGCAAUUUGUAGGCGGGCUGAUGGAUCUGAUACCACCUGUAGGAAACAGGCCUGCGCUGGGCUUCACGAAAAGUCAGAAUGCGGAGGGAGCUAGAGAAGAGGAUCUGAUCCCUGGCAUGCCGACGAAAACUCCUGUGUCAAUCCUACAGGAACUUUGUGUCAAGAGACAAAUUACUCCGAAGUAUGAUCUGGUUCAGAUUGAGGGAUCUGUGCAUGAGCCUACUUUCAAGUAUAGGGUUACUGUCAGUGACCAUGUUGAGCAUGGAACUGGGCAGAGCAAAAAGAAAGCGAAACAUGCUGCUGCAAAAGCUGUGCUUGACAAGCUAAUAGGAAGCUCGCAGCUAAUGAAAAAUGGAGAGGUUGAAGAAUCAGGAGAAGUAAACCCGAAGCUGCAGUUACCGUAUGAAGAUGGCAUCCCAGGCAACCCUGUGGGUUGGCUGCAAGAGUUUUGCAUGGCUAACCGACUUCCGCCUCCGAUUUACAAAUUGGCCAAAGAAGAUGGUCUUCCUCAUGAGCGCCUCUUCACCAUCGACUGCGUCAUAGGGAAAAACAGGGCUUCU